AAGCCAGAGCGCCGGCGUCAGCGCACGCGCAGUGCGGAGCCCCGGCGAGGGUGAGCGGACUGGAGAGACACACAGACCGGCCGCCACCGCAGGGCCCGGCCGGGGCGCGCGCCCGCGGGCCUUGGACUGGCUCUGGGAGCGCGCCUCUAGGGGCGGGGCUGAGCGAGCGCGAGCGUGCGCAGUGGCCCUCGGACCUCGGGACUCGCGCUACGCGGCGCGGCGGGGCGCGGCGCUCGCGCAAGAGGGCGUGGGCUGGCGGCGCCGGGUGCGCGCAAGGGAGUGCGCGGCCCCGAGCGAGGGAAGGAGGGGCUGGUGACAGUGCGGAGCGAUUGCCAGCGUCCGCGCCCCGGGAGCGGACGGACGGAAGAGAAGGUCCGCCAGACGCCCGGUCUGCUGCCUGACCCCUUCGGACUCAAACCCCGAGCCGAGCGGCCGCGGCUUCUGGUUGGUUGAAGGGAGACGCUGCGGCCACCCCAGGAAGAUGUUUAACGUGGAGUCUGUGGAGCGGGUGGAGCUGUGCGAGAGCCUGCUCACUUGGAUCCAGACCUUUAAUGUGGAUGCACCGUGCCAGACCGCGGAGGACUUAACGAACGGCGUUGUCAUGUCCCAGGUUCUUCAGAAGAUAGAUCCUGUAUAUUUCGACGAUAAUUGGCUAAACAGAAUCAAAACUGAAGUAGGAGACAAUUGGAGGUUAAAGAUCAGCAAUUUAAAGAAAAUUUUAAAAGGCAUCUUGGAUUACAAUCAUGAGAUUUUAGGACAGCAGAUUAAUGAUUUCACCCUUCCUGACGUGAACCUCAUUGGGGAGCAUUCGGAUGCAGCAGAGCUCGGAAGGAUGCUGCAGCUCAUUCUAGGCUGUGCUGUGAACUGUGAGCAGAAGCAAGAGUACAUUCAAGCCAUUAUGAUGAUGGAGGAAUCUGUUCAGCAUGUCGUCAUGACAGCCAUUCAAGAGCUAAUGAGUAAAGAGUCUCCUGUCUCUGCUGGACAUGAUGCCUAUGUUGAUCUUGAUCGCCAGUUGAAGAAAACUACCGAAGAACUAAAUGAAGCUUUGUCAGCAAAGGAGGAAAUUGCUCAAAGAUGCCAUGAAUUGGAUAUGCAGGUUGCAGCACUGCAAGAGGAGAAAAGUAGUUUAUUGGCAGAAAAUCAGAUACUAAUGGAACGACUCAAUCAAUCUGAUUCUAUAGAAGAUCCCAAUAGCCCAGCAGGAAGAAGACAUUUGCAACUUCAGACUCAGUUAGAACAGCUGCAAGAAGAAACAUUCAGACUAGAAGCAGCCAAAGACGAUUAUCGAAUCCGCUGUGAGGAGUUAGAAAAGGAAAUCUCUGAGCUUCGGCAGCAGAACGAUGAGCUGACCACUUUGGCAGACGAAGCUCAGUCUCUAAAGGAUGAAAUAGACGUUCUCAGACACUCUUCUGAUAAAGUAUCUAAACUAGAAGGCCAAGUCGAAUCUUAUAAGAAGAAGCUGGAAGACCUUGGAGAUUUGAGGCGGCAGGUUAAGCUCUUGGAAGAAAAGAAUACGAUGUACAUGCAGAACACUGUCAGUCUGGAGGAAGAGUUAAGAAAAGCUAAUGCCGCCCGGGGACAGCUUGAGACAUACAAGAGACAAGUUGUAGAGCUGCAAAAUAGAUUAUCUGACGAAUCAAAGAAAGCAGAUAAGUUAGAUUUUGAAUAUAAGCGGCUAAAAGAAAAAGUUGAUGGUCUUCAGAAAGAAAAAGAUAGGUUAAGAACGGAAAGAGAUUCUCUGAAGGAAACCAUUGAAGAGUUGCGUUGUGUGCAGGCUCAGGAGGGGCAGCUCACCACUCAAGGGUUAAUGCCUCUGGGAAGCCAGGAAUCUUCAGACAGCCUUGCAGCAGAGAUUGUUACACCCGAAAUCAGGGAGAAACUUAUUCGUCUUCAGCAUGAGAAUAAAAUGUUAAAACUCAAUCAAGAGGAUUCAGACAAUGAGAAAAUUGCCUUAUUGCAGAGCCUUCUAGAUGAUGCAAAUCUACGCAAGAAUGAGCUGGAGACGGAGAACAGGCUUGUGAAUCAGAGACUUCUAGAAGUACAGUCACAAGUAGAAGAACUGCAAAAAUCUUUGCAGGAUCAAGGUUCAAAAGCAGAAGAUGCUAUUUCAGUUCUUCUAAAAAAGAAGCUUGAAGAACAUCUAGAGAAGCUGCAUGAAGCCAACAAUGAAUUGCAGAAAAAGAGAGCCAUUAUUGAAGAUCUCGAGCCAAGAUUUAACAACAGCUCCUUAAGAAUUGAAGAAUUGCAAGAGGCUUUACGGAAGAAAGAAGAAGAAAUGAAGCAAAUGGAAGAACGCUAUAAAAAAUACUUAGAGAAGGCCAAGAGUGUUAUCCGUACAUUAGACCCUAAACAGAAUCAAGGAGCAGCACCAGAAAUUCAAGCUCUUAAAAAUCAACUGCAGGAACGGGACCGACUCUUCCACUCAUUAGAGAAAGAAUAUGAGAAAACGAAGAGUCAAAGAGACAUGGAGGAGAAAUACAUUGUUAGUGCCUGGUACAAUAUGGGAAUGACUCUACAUAAAAAGGCGGCUGAAGACAGACUAGCUAGCACAGGUUCAGGGCAGUCAUUUCUGGCUAGGCAAAGACAAGCAACCAGCACAAGAAGAUCCUACCCAGGCCAUGUCCAGCCAGCCACAGCAAGGUAGAAAGGUCUUGCCACUAGGAAUUUUUAAAAAGCAUACUUCUGUUACAUAUAACAACAUUUCAGGAAAUUCAGCCAGCUUGUUUUCUUUCUCUCCUGUGUUAAUAUUUAGUGUUUCUCAUGAGGAUUCCUCUCUCUCCUAUCUUUGGUUACUUUGUCCUUUACUUUGUGGUCUUUUCAGUUCCUUUUAAUGUGCCAAAAAUUUGUAAAUGUACAAUUAAAAGUGUUGUAUAAUAGUGUAAUACUUUUUCUUUGUAUGAAAAUGUCUUCUUCCCCAUUUGUGUGGGCUUUGUAAAGAAUCGGGUUUUCUGCCAAUAAUUGAUACACAAUUUAUAUUCUUUAUCGUGCCUACUGUGUUACCAUACUUUAUAAGAAUGUCUUUGUUUAAAGGGAAUUAAUCUUUUUAUGGUGUAUUAAUCUGUGUUUUCGAUUGUUUUCCAAAUGCACUUCAGAUAACUUAAAUAUUUACUGUACUAUACAAAGUGGUGUCAAAUGCACUUUUUGCAAAGACGACUACAUUGGCAGAGGUGCUAGUCAGACCUGUGGCACCUGGCAGGAUCACUCAGAGGGGAGAAAUUAAACGUAUUCUAAGGUUUGAAGUUCUUAUAUGAAAUUUCAUUCUUUCCUGCUGUAUUGUUUGCUGGCAGAAGUGAAAUUGGUGAAGAUAUUUGGGUGGAAAUUACAGAGAAGAAGAACUUGGCAGGAUUUUUUUUCCUUCCUUUGGAAUAUCUUAGUAGCUAAGAACCAGAUUCUAGCCAUGCACUUUUAAUUGCUCUCCACAUGUAAAAGAUUUAUUUUCAUAUAGGUAGCCUUAUCUUUGGGGCAGUUCUUUGACUAUGCCUCAUAUGUUUUAUAUAUUCUGUGAGACUUUCCUUUUCUUAGUUAGCCUUGAUAGCUAGCAUCUUAAUGCGAUUUGUUAACAUCAGCACAUGGCUCGGUGUGUAAUGUUAUAACAGAGCUCUAUAGUUUCUCUUCGCUCUACCUACAGCUCCAAGAAUUGGUAACAGGAGAGAUUUUCUUGGUAUUUGGUUGUUCAAAGUGCUUACAUUAUAUGCCACAUUUAUUUACAUAGAUGAAUGUCUAUUAAGCAAUCAUGUGAAGUACUUUGUCUAUAUAAGGAAUGAUAUAAUUUUAAACUAUCAUUUAUUUGAAAAUAAUCUACCUUUGUCUUUUUCUAUAUUGAUUUGUGAAUUUGAUCCCAAAUUAUAUUGAAGGUUUCCUCCAGCCUUUUUCUUGUUUCAUACCAUAUUUUUUGAAAGAAAAAAUAUGAAAUUAAGUCAGAGGGUUCUUUAGUUUGUUUUUACAUAAAUCAUCUUAAGUGGAAGAUGUUAUUUAUGGACUUGGUGUUUGGAAGUUCUGGUGUCAUUUAGUUCUGUAUAAAAGACAAAUAACUAACUCAACUUUACUGUGAUGAAGAAUUUUCAGAAACCAUAUUCAAGUGCUUCAUUUUAACUCCCUCCUGUUUUAUAGGAAAAUUGACCUAGAAAUUCGUCCUGCAUGUUUUGUCUUGGUUUUGUAGACGGAGUCUUUAUGUAACCCAGGCUGCCAUGAACACAUGGUCUUCUUGGAUUAUACGCAUGAAUCGUAGGAUUUUUUUUUCCUUGAAAGGACACUAUUCAUCAUGAAGCAUUUAUUUAAAAACAAACAAACAAACAAAAAAACCUCACAAAAACAAAAACAACCCUUCCAACAAAUGUUCAAGCAGGCUGUGAGGCAUCCGCCUGGGCAGACCAAAGCAGCAGGCACAGGAAAUAGUGGAGAGCACUACAGUGGGACAGAGAGCAGCAGGCACAGGAGAUAGUGGAGAGCGCUAUGGUGGGACAGUGCUCUGUGGGAUUUCAGGUACACACACCUGACACUCGAGGUCUGCUUUUUUUGUUGUUAUUGUUUUAAGACAAUCUAGGGAUAUUAUCCAGACCUUCCUCAACUUCUUUGACUCAAGACUAUUCUCCUGCCUCUGCCUCCCAAGAGGCUGAGAUUAAGGUAUGUGCCACCAUGUCCACAGGGUAGAUUGAGUUUGAAAAUAAAAGAACAAAAACUGGGGCCAGCACAAUGGCUCAGCAGGAAGCGUAGCACUUGCCUGGGCUCACUUCCUGGGGCCUAGGUGACAGGGGACAGCAACUCCCAAGGGUUGUCCUCUGGUCUCCACACUCAACAGAUGCCAGUGCACACACAAAUAAGUAUGCUUGAAAGGUUUUAAAUAGUUCUCACUCUACCUUUAGCUCACAGAAUAUCUGAGAUUCAACCACUUGUAAAUCAAAUUAGUCUAUGGUUCCUACUCCUUACAAGAUUGUUGGUUGUUGAGAAAUUAUACCUGGAGAAUAAAGUGAAUGUGAAUACAAGAGACGCUUGAAGCUACCCUUCAGUAGAUCUUACCCUGAGGGAAAACAGCUCACUGUUUUGAUUUUUAUUUUCUAUUCACCUGCCCGCUCUAUAGACAUACCCACCUACCCAGAUAUUUUAUGUAGAUGUUUUGGAAAGGCCUCAAGCUUUCAGAAGGAAGUUUAGCUUCUGCUUUUUGUUUUGUUUUGUUUUCAGCAUCUGUUUUGUGCUAAUUUCAGUGUCUGUAGCCUCUGCUGUUGUUUGCUCUGUCUUUAAUGUUUGGUGGAUUUCCUUCAGUAAAUGGGAGAAAUAUCGCUCAUGAUAUUUCAGAAUAAAAUAAAACAUGCUUUCAUAAGAAAUAGCAUCCGUCUAUACUUUAGACGUCAUAAAGCCAGGAAUACAACUUACCUGUGCCAGUGGCACCUUUCCCACUGUGUGGCUUAGGUCAGGAUUUAGGGGACUUCAGUUUCUCCCGUGGAGAUCAGGGAAGUUGCAGGUGCUCUGGUGGUGUGUGGUAAGCCUCCUGUGCUUGCCCCAUGGAUCUUGUCCUGGCAUUAGCAAGGGAUGAGGACACUGUCACUGUGUCAGGUAGGGAGGACCUGUCACCAGCAUCUGAGUUCUUAUAAUAAGCUUAUUUUCUGUGCCUUCUAACCAGGGUUUACCAAGAAAAAAGAAAAAACUAAAGCAGACUACUAAAAAAAUGACCAUUUUUGUUCUACAGUAUUAUUAAUCUUAUUAGGAUUAAUAAGAAAACAAUCCAGUAAAUGUAAUCAUUUCUUGCAUCUGAAAUGAAGAUAACUAAUACACUUAUAUUAAAUAUUUAAAAAUAUUUUUUAAAAAAACUCUGCCUGGAGCGUUGGCUCAGCAUUUAAGAGCAUUUAUUGUAUAACACAGGUGCAGUUCCUGAUGUGGAAGCUUAUAACCAGCCAUCUCUAACUCCAGUUUCAGGGAAUCUUCCAAUGCCAUCUUCUGACCUCCAUGGGCACCAGGUACACAUGUGCCAUACAGACAUACAUGCAGGCAGGCAAAACACUCAUUCUUAUAAAACAAGUCUAUAAAAAGAAAGUUUAAGCUGGGUCAUAAUUUUCUUUUGUCUAAUUACUUAACAGUAAUAAAAAUGAGUUCUGAGUCCCUAAAUAAAUGAUCCAUAUUCCAAAGUUAAUCAAGAUUGAAUUAUUUCUGUUAACUUGGUAAAAAUCAGCUGAAUGCAGUGACUAAGUUAUAAUGAGGAUAACAUGGCCCGAUUUUCAUGCAGCUGUUUGGUUAAUGUAACUAGGGCUCAGCUGCACAAAGGCAAGCUAGCUUGUCAGUGAGGACCUCGAGUCCUGCUUUCACUGUCGUUAGAGAUCCACACUGUACAAGAACAUGCAAAUGUGGGGGUCCAGUUGGGACAAGGCAGGUGAAGUCAGAUGCCCUCUGUGGAAAAUGUUAUUUACCUUUUCAGGAGCAGUCUCAGGCUUGUGAGGUAAAAGUGAAAAUAUUUGUGAGGGCUAGGAUGCAGCUCAGCUGGUAUAAUAAUACUUGCCUAAUAUACGUGAAGUACUAGAUUCAACCCCUAGCGUCAUAUGAACUGGGUAUAUAUGUCUGUAGAGAGUCUGGAAUCCGUUUGUCUAUAUGAGAUUCUGUCUUCAAAAAAAUAAAUAAACGUGUGUGUGAGUGUGUGUGACAGUGUGUGUGUGUAUGUGUGUGUGUGAGAGAGAGAGAGAGAACAUGUGUGUGUGUCUGUGUGUGUGCAUGUGUGUCUGUGUGUGUGCGCAUGUGUGAGUGUGUGUGUGAGAGAGCAUGUGUGUGUGAGUGUGUGUCUGUGUGUGUGUGUAUGUGUGCGUGUGUGUCUGUGUGUAAAAUUCUUUUGUAGACGCUUCUGCUUUCACAUAAGCAUUGAUCUAUUGUUCUAACAAUAACCAUAUUUUAAGCCUUAAUUUUUUUUAUUUCAGCAUGAGUUAUUUAAUCAAAACAAAUCUUAAAAUAUAGUUGCUCUUUACGUUUAAUCUUCAUUUUUUUCAGAUCUUAAGUUUCAGAUCUUACGAAUGUUGUACUUAUGUCUAAUUUGGGAAUGUGGCACUUGCCUAAGUUUCUACAAUCCAUGUUCCGUAUAAACCAAGCUAGUCCAUAUCCACUUGAUUUAAAAACAUGAUUUGACCACACAGUGAAAGGGAAAUGUUUAGCAUCUUUUUUGCUAAGGUGGAGUCACAUAGCUGCCCCAUGUAGAACUUGUGUCCUCUUGCAAGAGCAGCCAGCUAAGCCAUCUGUCCAGUUCCAAGGAUUUGGGAUUUUUAUCCUCAUAUAAUAAAGGAAUUUUUUUUUCUAUAGAUAACUGUCAACUUGAUUCAGCUUUGUGUUUAACAGUGAAACCUAUGUGACAUCUAGGGUCAUCCCAGAACUUGGGAGCCUGAGGCUGGAAAAAUGCAAGUUGGAAGCUAGCCUGGGCUAUGCAAUGAGACCUUGUUUCAGCACUUAGGAGACAGAGGCAGGAGAUCUCUCUGAGUUCAAGGCUAGCCUGGUCUACACAGGGAGACCCUGUCUCAACAAAAUAAAAUAACAACAAAAAAAGAGUGUGCAAACAAAACAGGAUGGGAAGUGAGGCCUUUUACCUAGGAUAAUCAAGACCCUACGCCCAGUCAGUAGUACCGAGGAAGUAGUACCAGUCAGUAGUACUGAGGAAGUAGUACCAGUCAGUAGUACUGAGGAAGUAGUACCAGUCAGUAGUACCGAGGAAGUAGUACCAGUCAGUAGUACUGAGGAAGGAGCGGUGAAUGAAUGAAUACAUCAAUGAGUGAAUGAAAGAAUGAAGUGGGAUAUCUGAAUCUAUAACAAUUAUUAAAUCAUUUUCUCUUCUCCUUUUCAUGACUUAAAGGGCUUUUUUUUUUUACCCUUGUUAAAAUACAGUCCUGUCACAAUUAAAAUUGUUUGUUUGUUUGAUAAUUGGUUUGAUUUGGGUUUUUGUUUGUUAGUUUGUUUCUUGUCCACCCAAUUUUAUUAUUUAGAAAGAAGUUUCAGAGCUUACUUUUUUAAACUGAUUUGAAUAUCCUAUUGUUUUGAAAAGAGGAAGGCUAUUCUCAAUGCAUUCAAUGCAUCUAACACAAUAUUUUACUUUUUUAUAAUGCAUAUUUAAGUGAUUGAUGUUUUUCAUUGAGUGUCCAAUUUUAACACAAUAAUGAUUUAACUUUUUUAAUGAAUACAGCUCUCAAAAGUCUAUAAGAUAAUUUGUCAGUCACUAACUUGCUUACUAUACACAGCCAAUUUCUAACCCUCUUGGUCACUUCACCUCGUCAGCCUUGUGGUUAGGGUCCUGUGUAUAAAAUAAAAGACAACACAAAUGUAAUACCAUUUCUUGCUUGUAAGUCAUUAAUCAUGUCAUGGGAUGUGUGUACUGAUGGUUUUUAAAAACACCUUUUCGGUUCAAUUUAUAUUAUUAUGAAUAGGAUACCAUACAUUUUAUAUUUAAUGGUUUUUAAAUAUGAAUAUAUGUGGAUUCUUUAAUUACACUAAAGUAAUAGAGGGACAUUGGUUUGAGAAAUGAGAGGCCUAAACCUAAUUAUGGAUUGUAUAUGAAGUUUGGGAAUUAUGUGGAAAUCCAUAAAUAUAUAUGAAUUAUAUAUUUAUGUUAUAUAAAUCUUGCAUAUGUAUGUAUAUAUAUAUAUAUGUAUGUAUGUAUUUGUGUGCACAUAUAUAUGUAUGUAUACUUAGAACUAGACAUUACCAAGAUUGCUUUACAUGUCUCAUUUCAGUAUUUUUCAAUUUUCUUACAGAUUUAGUAAUGUCCUGUAAGGUUAACUCUGAAUGUAGUAUGUAAGUGAGAAUAGAAAUAAAAGAAAGUAAUCGAUGGCUAUUAAGGCAAAUCCAUUUUAGAGAGGAGAGUGGAUAGUGGGAUAAAAGGUAGCCUAAUUAACGAAUAUUUAGGCCAAGAGAAGUAUUCAAACAGUAUCAUAGUAGCUGUCCCUUAAUCUUAGUCAACAAAAUAGUCUAUAAUAUUGUUAUUACACAUUUAUCUGAUAAAAGAUGAAAGACCAAAACUAAUUUCUAAUUGUGUUUAGGUGAGUAUUAACUAACCAUAUAAUCUAUAUGUUAGUGGGAGGGAAAACAUUUCUUUUCUUUUUAUAACUAUUAAGCAGUUACUACUUAGUCUAACAGUUGAGGAAUUUGGGAUGUUAAACUUUGAUUUGAUGAGGUGAGAAGAAAUUUAUGAUGGCUGAAAUUAUCACCAACUUACCAACAGAUAUCUAUAUCAUACUUUUUAUAGUUUGCAAACUGUUGUUUUAAUAUUAUUCCCCCCUAAUAAUAUGUUAUACCUCCAUAAAAUAUCUGUAAAUGAAGACAAAAGUGGACUUUAAAAAGUAAGCCUUUACGUGUUUGAUUCAGUCCACUGCUACAGGCUCACAAGCAGGUGUUUAUGUCUGAAAUUGGAGGUACCCAUUAUCUGAAAAUUCCUCUCCCAUAAGGUAGGAAUUAUUCAAACCCAAAUUAUAUCUAUUUCAAAUGUGAAAGAAUUAAAUGCCGUGAGAAGAACAAGCGAGUGAGUAAAAGACAAUCCCCAGGCAUGCAGAGGGCACUGCCCAUACCCGCAGAUGUCUGGUCAGACUCACUGCGAGAGCUCUGAGCUGACGGCAAACUGGAAAGAGCCCAUGUUCUUCCUGUGCUUGCAAGCCUCCUCGGGGACCACUGUGAGUCCUUGUGUAGUCUGUUUCAUUAGGAUGGCAUCUUACUGUUAUCUCCCACCCUCUCCUGCAUAGGUUGUUUAUCCCUCUCUACAAAGGCUCUAGCACGUUACUGGGACUGGAUAGUGCUCCAUUUCUGCUGUACGUGCUGUUUCCUGUUGGCACCUCAGUCUCAGGAUUCAGAGUCUGGAAACACGCUUAUAACUGGGAAGUCUAUUUUAUAACAAUGCUGUGAAGCCAGCUUUUGGGGUUUGUGCUAGGAAUUGAAGCUAGGGCCUCGUGCACUCCAGGGCAAGUGCUCUACUCACUAAACACUUUUCUGUUGAAUGAGAUUUUUCUUACCCUUUAAGGUGCUGUCUCCUAAAAUAAAAACCUCGAGACUGUCCCUACUUGUUGCUCACACACACACACACUAUUGCAAAUCCCAAAGAGAGAAGGAAACAAGAUAUUCCAGUAAUUAAGCAAUCAGAUCGGCUAAAAACGGAGGAAAGGUGAUUUCAAAAGGAAAUCGGUAGAGGUGCCAGGUAUUGCAGAAAUAGUUGCUAUACUGAGAUUUGUUUUCGGUUUUUACCUUGGCUUUUUUCUUAACUUUAACUUGCAAAGGUUUCAUCUUGUACUGGUAGUGAGUUUUUUAGACCCAGAAUUUUUCCAUUUGCAACAUGAAAGUAGCAGUCAUGUUAGAGACCACACGCACUGGCGCUUGUUUCACGCAUGAUGACUGCCAGAGAAUGGGGAAACUGGCUCAUAAAAACACUUAAUGUUGGUUUUGCUUUGUUUUAAAAAGAUAUGCAUGUUUUAGUACUGUAAAAAGUUGGUGUGUUUUGGGCCAAGGAACCUAGCUCCAGUAGCAGAAUAUGUGGCUAAAUUGCACAAGACUACCUGGCUCCAGUCCAGAGUCAAUCAAUCAAAGUCUGUCGGCUGGCAAGCACACCCUGCCCUCCCCCCUCAUACUCACAUUCACACAUACUCACACACACACACACUCACACACACUGAUGAAGUUUACUUCUGAGUCAGUCACAUAGAAGGAAGCAGCGUUGAAGUAGAGACGUCCACAUUCAGCUUUAAGGAAAUAGAGACCUUGUUCUCCUUUCCAGAACUAAAACUUAGAAAGCCAGGAUGGUGGCACACACCCAUAAUCCCAGCAGCAGGCUCAGGCACCAGGAUCACAAGUGUGAAGUCAGAUGAGGCAACAGAAAAUGCAAAUCCAGCCUGUCUCAAAACUGAAGCAAAAGUGCAGGAGUACAAAACCACAGACCGUGUUUUAAGCAUGGUCUCUGUAAAUGUUCCUAGCUAUCCUAACUUCGAGCUUCUUUUUAAUCUACUCAGAGUGGGUUCUAGGCCAAGUCUGUACCUCCUGCCAUGUGUAAUAGCCUGUGAUUCUAGCACUUGAAAGGCUGGGGUAAGAGGCUUUCUACAAGGCGAGGCCAUUCAGGGCUGCAUGGUGAAAUUCCAUCUCCACUUGAUACUCUAAUCAUUUCUCAGUUGUUCAGUGUUCAGGCGUGGCCAGUGGGCAGCAUGGAUGUAGGCCAUUCCUUCAGUGCAGAAAACUGUGCCAGAAAAGGAAAGAAAAUACAGGUCAGCUCACUAGAAGUUGCUAAAGGGAUUAACAGGUGAAAAGUAUUUCUUAUAAAAGUUUUAUACCAAUAUUUUGGCCUUGGGAAAAGAAAUGAAAGCCUCAUAUUGUGACUUUUUUAGUAUACUCUUCCCAACAAAUUAUCAAUGAGUUAUCAAUUGAUAUAAUUAAAUCAUUUUAUAAAUUAUUUCAUAAUAUUUUCACUCAUUUCUUCCUUUCAUAUUUUUAAAUUGACAUUAGUUGUCAUCCAGGAGAAACUGAUAAUAAAUAUUUAACUUAUACUCAAAUAAAAGUUAGUUAGCAUCAUAGCCCUAUAUUAUUUAAAUCUAUUUAUAUCUUAUGAAAGUCACCGUUUCUGCCCUAUAAGCUGUACAUUCAUGAUUGGCUGUCUUCUACUUCAAAAGUACAGUCAGGGCCAAGUCGUUAGGUUACUCGGCCCCCAGCUCGUACCUGCUUCAGUGGUGAAUCAGCCAACCUUUUCUGAAUGAAGCAGACAUUUGCUGUUACAGAAUAUGAUUAACUAUGAAAGUAUUAGAAAUGUGAACUGAGUUUCCUUCACUAUACUAAAGUACUUCAUUUAAUUUAAAGGAUUAUGCUGAACGUUUUCAAAUCAAACUAAGGGACGUCUUUUAAAAGUGUCUGACUCUGUUAGUUUUGUUUUGUUUUUUGCUUUUCUGGAGUUUUGCAGUAUUGGAGAUCCAACCUAAGGCCUUGCAUACUAGAAUACUUUAGUGAUCAUAUUUUUUUUUUAUUUGGAGGCAUCUCUCUUUUUAGCCUCGGCUGGCCCAGAACUUCCUCAGCUCCUCCUGCCUCCGCCUCCUGAGUACCAGGGUUAGAGGUGUAGAGGUGUGCUCUACCACUCUCGGCUAAGACUGAGCUUAGUGAAGCCUUUCCUGCCCAGGCGUGAUCGCACUUUCUCUUUCUCGUCUGCGUUGAUGAUCAGGCAGCAGAAUCAGAACAUUAUUGUCAAUUUCCAAACAAGUCACGGGGUCGUUACUGUAACUCAGUACAGAAGAGCAAAUGGUAGGAGUUCAUUCUUUUGUUUUCUCGGGAGCCUAAUUGAAUAUGUAUUCUACAAAGACUCAUUAGUCACGGAUAAUUUCAGUAUGUUCUAAGUGACAUCUUAUUAUAAAUGUAGAAAAUGGCUGUACACAGAUGCCAAUCAGAGACCUGGCACUUAACUUUCAUAACAAUUUACUUGUUUUCUUUUUUCCCAUAGAUUUAGUUAUUUGCAAUUAAGAUGUACUAAAAUAUCAUUGUCAUUCCUAAUUUUGGCAUUUAUGGAUUCUAUAAUUCAUAAUAAUUUGUACUGUGAAGAAUAACUUCCAGGUUUGUUGCAGUUCUCUCAUUGUUAGGUUGCCAGCCGUUUAUAACGUCCCUCCUUUGUUCUGUAAGAGAUUCCCCCUCUGGCUGACAAUUCAGUCGAGAGUUCUGAGGAUAUAUUCCUCAUCAUCGUAAUCUAGAAACGAUGUCCACUUUGGGCUCUGCAUUCCUCGCCUCAACUCAGAUUUAACAAAACUGUGUUCAAGUAUUUCCCUCCUGCUUACAAAAGUUUGCCCGUCUUGAGUCUGGUGAGUUUCCCCACUGUUUUGCUGAGGAAAAUGACUUGUUAGAGACUUCAGUUAAAAAUGUAAGUAAAGUCACAAAAACGAACUUGUGAGAAACCAUCAGAAGGUAGGGUUUUUUGCUUGUUUGUUUGUUUGUUUUAAUCCUACAUUUCCUUUUGGUUUAUUUUGAUUUUAUGACUGCCAACUUGUUAUAUAUGAGUGUUUAUAUAUGCAUAUAAUAUAUGUAUAUGAAAAAGUGAAGAUUUGGUCAAACUAUAUUUUCCCAUUCAAGUACAAAAAAUGUUUUCAAGGCUGCAAAAAGUGUACAGUUGUUAAACAAGUUGUAAAUAAAGACUUGUAUAAAAAUCCA